CGUUCAAGGGGGCUGUCUUUCUGUGAUUUAAACCAGCUGUUGUCAAGUGCUCCAGGGCCCCCUUUAUUUGCAUUGCUAAAUAGUCGCUAUAGCAGACGAAGGGGAAGAAAAAAAAUAGAAGUUCAUUUUGAAAAACAUUCCUCGUAGAAUUGGUCAAAAUCUACCGCUGCUCUAGAUCGACUAGACGGUGGUUAACCAAAACCAGGUGUCGGUUUUCGCGUGAAGGCGCAGAGUCAGGGGGGAGGCGAGCGCGCCAGAUUGCGCAGUGGUCUGCCGUCAGUAGUACGGAGCUGACACGUUCCCCGCUGCAAAAAAGUUACGGGUCGUUUGUUCGGCUCUUUCAUUUGAAAUCACCACGGAGCCAUAAAAAAUAUGCUCUUUGAAGGACGCUACUCAAAUUUCUGGACGUUUGCGAGAAUGUUGACAGUUCUGAUGUUGAUCUUCGUGUGCAUACAGUCUGGAAAUGCGCAGACGUGUACAGAAGGGUUUACCUAUGACCGCCGCAUCAGACAGUGUGUUGACGUGGAUGAGUGCCGGACUCUAGCGGAUCCCUGUAGGGGCGACAUGCGCUGCGUGAAUCAGAACGGCGGUUACCUCUGUAUCCCGCGAGGGAUGUACAGUCAGCCCUACGCCAGGCCCAACUCGCCAUCUUUUACCGAGCAGUCGUACCCGGAAUCACCUGUUGGCUUCCCCGAUCCCUACGUUCCAGCCCAGCGGCCUGCCGCGCCUCCAAAUUACCCCGUCCCUGGACGAUCCACCCCCUGUCUCCUAGGAUACGCUCUUGGGGAGGAUGGCCUUUGUGCAGACAUAGAUGAGUGUGAAACAGAGUCCCACCAGUGUAACCCUACUCAGGUGUGCAUAAAUACAGCUGGGGGGUACACCUGCACCUGCUCAGAGGGGUACUGGCUGAUCGGUGGCCAGUGUCAGGAUAUAGAUGAGUGUCGCUAUGGGUACUGCCAGCAGCUGUGUGCCAACGUCCCAGGAUCCUACUCCUGCUCCUGUAACCCAGGCUUUCUCCUCAACCCGGAUGGCAGGACCUGUCAAGACGUUGAUGAGUGUGACGAGGCACCCUGUGCUCAUGGCUGCUUCAAUACCUAUGGCUCCUUCAUGUGCAACUGUGACGAGGGCUUCGAGCUGGCGUCUGAUGGGACCACUUGUAAUGACCUGGACGAGUGUGGCUUCUCUGAGUUUUUGUGCCAGCACUCGUGUGUGAACACUCCGGGGUCCUUCUCUUGCAUCUGCCCCCCGGGGUAUUUCAUCUUUGAGGAUGGCCGAAGCUGUGAAGAUAUCAAUGAAUGUGACACUGGUAACAACACCUGUACAACAGCACAAGUAUGUUUCAAUUUCCAGGGGGGGUAUAAAUGCCUGGACCCUAUUAAAUGUGAGCGGCCUUACAUUGAGCUCAGCGAAAAUCAGUGCAUUUGUUCGGCUGAGAUUCCUGCGUGCAGGGAUAAACCCUUCACCAUCCUGUAUCGGCACAUGGACCUGACCUCUGGCCGCAGCGUGCCCGCGGACAUUUUCCAGAUGCAGGCCACCACGCGCUAUCCUGGGGCCUUCUACAUCUUUCAGAUCAAGUCGGGCAACGAGGGUCGUGAAUUCAGCAUGAGGCAAACAAGCAAUGUCAGUGCCACGCUGGUCCUGGCACGUCCCAUUAAGGGCCCUAGAGAGAUUGUUCUGGACCUGGAGAUGGUUACCGUCAACCACGUCAUUAACUUCCGAGGCAGCUCUGUCAUCCGACUCACGAUAUUCGUCUCCGAGUAUUCCUACUGAGUCCCUGCGAAUGACCUCUGAACCCUCACCCCUGACCCAACUCCUUGACCCACGACCUCUUCCAUCCGGCAGCUUGGUUUGUCUUGGAUAAUGUGUACACUGUACUGGGGGUUCUGGGGACAGCUCCUGGUCUCGCAUCUCCCAGUUCCAUCCCCCCUUCUUGCUCCUUAUCAGGGACACUGUAUUGUAAGGCUGCCUAAUACCAGUUCACAUCCAUCCAUGUGGAAGAACAUUUAUAUUACAGUGGCAAUAUGGAUAUGUCUUUGUUCUUGUGAAUAUUAUGGAACUUGUUAUUCAGUUUUAUUGUUUCCAUUUUUUAAGGGUGUUUGUUUUUCCCUCACCUGUAGUGAAAUGCCAGAAUAACUCUUUGAGUUAUCUGCAGUUUUUAGAAUUCUUUCUUUUGCCGAUUGCUAUUGUUUUGGUUUAUUAUUGUAUCCAUCCCUAUUUCCUGUGAACCCUUGCAGUACUCUUUAUUAAGCUGUGAGUGCAAAGUUACACAACAGUAUUUUUGAUACAGUGCAUGACAGUGGUGUGUCCUGUUUUAAAAGCCUUCCUGAGUAAAAUGAUAGACAGGAAAACCUUUAAACUGACAGAACAAACACUCACUGACAUCUUCAGGAAGGAUGAAAUGGUGACAAUGCACAUCAAUAACAUGAGAGUACCAUUUCUGGUAUACCUGGUAUGCUGAUAUCAGUCACUAAUCAGCAGUAUUAACUAUAGAUGUCAACAAAUACACUGAGGGUCUGUGUAAAUAUCCUGAAACAAUUUCAGAGGUGGACAGCCUGUUUUGAGUCUAAAUGAAUGCAUGCCUCAUUGGGAAACGAUAUUUAUGUUCAGCAUUUUCCUAGCGUUUAGCUGGCUUUUGUAGUAAAACUAAACAGGUGAGACGUUAGCCUCAUUUGGCACGUGUUCGCAAAUCUUUGAAAUAUGAAAGUCAAACUGCAUUUUAUCGGAAAUAUUUCUCAAAGAAAUAUUUAUUUGAAUAUAUUGCCAUGAUUCAGGAAUUCAAUUGGACGUAAUUAUUUUCAUGGUUUUGAAUGAGUCUCUUUUUAUUGAUCUAUGCUUAAGAUAAAAUCAAAAAUGUAACAACCAAAAACAUUGAAAUGUUCUCUGUUUAAAAGUUUUGUCUGUUAGUCUCUAACGUUUGUCAUGUUUUAUAUACCUGUUUUAUUAAGACCCUGUAAGUAAGCCCGGUCAGUCAAAUAAAGGUGUGCUG